AUGGAGCGGCAUAAGAAGCGCAACGUUUGUCAUCCGGGAAGGGUUGGCUCUUGGGCCGCAGCGGGUUCCUACACGCUCGUGGCCCGGUCCAGAGUAGUGGAGGCGGUAGGACCAGUCGACGAGGAGAUCAUCUCGGCACAUGCGCUUUCCACAGGCCAAAACCUCUACUCGGCAGCUUCAGGCCCAGCUAUGCACUCCAAAGCCACCUCUGCGCUGCGUCGAUCACUCUCGACUUUGCCAAGCUACAGGAACCAAGCUUGGACCGUGAGUCCUCUCUACACGAACUAUCUGGAAGGCUGUACGUUCGAUGAUUAUCUGAACCGUUGUCGGGGUCUGAAUCACGCUGCAAAUUUCUGCUGGUCUUUGCAGCAAAACAGGCACCAUAUCAGUGCGAAUUGCCGAGAAUAUUACACCAAUUUUCGCGAUGAGAUCUAUGGAGUCUCUUUGUACAUCUGCCACAAGCUGCUGGCACACCUCAACAUUGAGUCUCCCGGCACGGCAGUUCUUUGCAAGGUGCCUGCACGCGUCAUCCGCGAUCUCAACAACAUUGCAGAGGCCCUGUUCCUGUUAGCCGAGCUCGCAGGUGAUAAGGGUAGUAAUGUACUGCACAGAGCCUUUCACGCCGCCACGGAAGAAGCAUGGGAGAUGCAAGACCCGCUUAGUUGGAUGAAGAGGGGUCCAGGAGAUGGGUACUGCGCUGUUUCAAUGUAUAUGCCAGACAUAGCGGACAUGGUCAUGAAGCAGUUGAUAGCGAGUCGUGAUGGCCAUAUCGUUGGGCCCGUCGCGGGAGGAGCUCCCAGACUCACAAAUGAUUGGGCCGUUCACAAAGAGCUUGGCGUAGUGUACAAAUACGGUCUGGCAUGGAAUGGUUGGGAUUAA